AUGUCAAUUGAGUUGAUUCAGAAGUUGUCUCAGCAGUUAAACUUGGACACCUUUAUCGAUACGGAUGCCUACUCUCAUAUCAUUGAUCAACCGUACCACGAUGAACUGGGGAACCUGAUAAAGUUUCAGCGGUUAUCGAUUGCUGGGUCGUUGAUUCUCAUUGAUAUUGACUUCCUUGACUCUGUCAUUUACAGAGUAUCAUUCUCGCUGGCCAAUCAACUUUAUGAUAACAAACUAAGUGACAUAAACUCAUCGGGUGCAGAGUCCAACACCAAAAGCCCUCCCACUGUUUACAAACAAGACAACAUCAAUGUUAUCAAAUUGACCUUUGCAUUUGAUUCGGUUGAAUCGAUUCUCGACAAAAAGGAAUACAAUAACAUCGAAGUUAUCCUCCUUAAAAGCUUACAGGCACCUAAACUAAUGAACUUCCCAAGGAACUUGAAGUACUUGGCAAAGCUAGACAGAUUAUCUAAUACCCACAUAGAUGCCUUCACGUAUGUCGACAACGCAGCACUGAUUUUAAAGGCCAUAUACAGCCUUGAAACUCAAGCCUCUGUCGACUGGCUCAUUGAAGCAGGAUACAGUAACUCCAUUGGAAAACCUUGUAUCAAUAAACCGUGGAGCAACGAUGUGGGAAUCUUCUUGGAAUUUUGGGAAGAUUUCAGGUACAUUAACCACGAGUAUCAACAGGAAGGCUCUGGAUUGCUCUUGGGGCAAAAAUACAGCUUGCUUUUCGACCUUGACCAGAGUACCCGUAAGUCUCCAACUGAUUUUAUAGGGGAGGCCCGAGACCAUAUUUGGGAAUUCAAUGGUGAGAAGUACCAACUCCAGUUUGGUGAUAACACCUACUUGACGACCGGUAGAUCAUCUAUAACUGCCUCCACCAAGAAUGACACAUCAUUCACUUCCAACUGGGCCUUUAAUUUGGUGUUAAGUCAUCCCAUUUACUUACCCAUCAAUAUCAUUGAGUUUAUUGGCAUCGAAUCCUUUGAGGAAAGCGACUUCAAGGACGACACGUUCUUCGACAAAUUGAAUGUUGAAAAAGAUUUCUAUGUCCAUUCCAAGGUCAACAAAGGUUUGAAGUUCUCAAUCAAGAGCGAUAUCCAUUCAAAGUUUGUGUCAGUUCGCUCGUUAUCAAUUAAGACUUUGCGUGAUAUUCCCUUGUUCAUCAGAAUAUUUCGCAACCAAAUUGUUUUGACUAAUAUUCUCAAGCAACUAAUUUGGUCCAAUGGUUGCAAAAUUGGCGGAGAAGUGGAAGAAGAAGAUAAGGACUUUGAAGCCAAGUCCAAGUUGAAGAAUUCCCUUCUGUUGGCAAACUUAGACGACCAACUUCUUAGUUUACAUGUAUUGAACAAAUCCAAGUUUACCGAGACAGAGGAAACCGAUUUGGACGAAUUUAUGAACGAAGAGUCUCCUUUUGAACUGGAUGCAGAAGAAGGAUUGGUGGUGAAGAUCAGUGAAAUGUCCUACAAUACAAAGAACCUUGACACGUUCAUUGAAAUCUUUGGCAAAUUCAACGACUUAACCGUCGAUAUUCACUUGAAAAUCUCUAACGGAGAAAUAGUGAGCAACCACAUUAAUAGCGUGAUGGAUGAUGAAGCUAUCACACAAUACAACCGGUUUAUCAAGUGUUUGAACAUUACCGAAGAUAUUGUCAAAAGUUUGAAUCACGUUUACCCUCCCACCUAGUUUCUAGAAAAUGUGAGCGUGCGCGACCCUUCUCUCGUUUGCGGGCGUUAUGGAAGAGAAAUCGAAAAAAAACGCUGAAAACAUUCAUACACUAUACUAUGCUCAGAUCGCACAAAUGAACAGAAGUGACCAU